AUGAACUCGAAGGGCGGGCAACUCUUUUUCGCGGCGCUUGAAGGCCGCCUCGACGACGUCACGAGGUUGUUGGACGACGGUGUCGCCGCCGACUGGACGUGCGCGGCGUUGGCUGGCUCCACUGCGCUCUUUGGGGCGAGCCAGAAUGGGCACGAUGCAGUCGUUUGCGCGCUAUUGGCUGCCAACGCCGCCGUGAACCAUACCACGCAUGAGGGCGAAACCACUUUGAUGCCGGCUGCGACGCUCGGCCACGAUGCCGUCGUAUGCACGCUACUCGCAGCUCAAGCGGACGUCAACCAAGCCAUGACGGAUACGUCGACGGCACUGGCGUUUGCUGCGUGCAAUGGUCACCGAGCGAUUGUCGACAUGCUCGUCGCGGCCAAUGCCACCGUCGACGCUCAAGUGACGGCGGGGGCCACCCGCUUGUUUUUGGCAGCCCAGUGCGGGCAUGCCGAUGUAGUCGCGUCGCUUUUGGCAGCAAAUGCGUUCGUCGACCACGCCAUCGAGAACGGAUUCACGCCGCUGAUGAUCGCCGUCAAAAAUGGUCAUUUUGCGGUCGUUGAGGCCCUCCUCGCGGCCAAUGCCUCUGUCGACCACGCAACGAGCAAGGGCGAGACGGCGCUGCUCUUUGCAGUCAAAUAUGGUCUAACUUCGGUGGUCACAGCGCUUUUGAAGGCGCACGCGUGCGUCAACCAAGCCGGCCACGAACUCGACCGAGCGACGCCACUCGCCAUCGCCUCGGACAUCGGUCACCUUCCCAUUGUGAUGGCGCUCUUGGGCGCCAACGCGGCUGUGGACCAAACCAAUUCGAAUGGGACGACACCCCUCUUUCUCGCGGCCCAAAAUGGUCAUGACGCAGUGGUCGCAGCGCUUCUUGCGGCCAACGCCGCAGUCAACCACGCCAACGACGAUGGCCCGACGGCCCUAUUCAUCGCGUCUCAGAACGGGCACGGUGCCGUCGUCGCAUCGCUCCUUGCAGCACAUGCUGCCGUGAACCAAGCCGACAAAGAUGGCGCGACGGCCCUUCUUAUGGCGUCCCAUAUUUCUUCCUACACUGAGUAAUUACGUCGUAGGCGGGGGCGUCCCCCUUGCUUUUGGCUGCCCAGAACGGACAUGCCCAGGUAGUGUCGACGCUCCUGGCGCACAAGGCCAACGUCCACCUCGCCAGCUUUAAUGGAGAGACCGCUCUUGAUUUCGCGACGCGCUUCGGCCACGUGCAUGUCGCCCGACAACUUGUGAGCGCUGGCGCGUUCGUGAACCAGCGCGCCGACGAGACGCCACCGACAGCGCCGCCUGCCCGACGCCAGCGCCUCGCCAAAACGGCCCGAAUCGAAAAGUAGAAGCAACACCUGAUGUACUACACACACGACAAUACUGACGACGUUACGACCACUCUUACCAGUAAAAGCAAGCAACCCGCAACCAUACAUCUAGGU